UUUCCUAUUCCUUCCUCUCUGCUAUUCCGACCUUGCCUUCUGCUUUCUUCCAAAUACACUGCAAUAUUGGCUGCCAGCCUAGGUGGGGAGAGGGAGAAAGGACCUGUUGUUUCCUUCUGCUGCUCUCUGAAAAGAACCAAAUUGGCUGUGGUAAAGAACACAGAGUUCCUGAGAUUGUUGGCACCUCCUAGAGUUGAUGUCCACUUGUCCCUGCUGCGAACUCAGUCUGCCCAUUUACCCUUCCUCUUGCCAAGGACCUUUGAAGGUUUGAGAAACUUUCAAAGUGUGAGGGAACUAAGCUGUCUUCCAGGGCUUAGCAUACUCAACUGAUGUCGCCCAGCACACUGGAGGGUUUGAGAGUUAUUGCAAGGUGGCUAAGAGUCAGAACAGAUUGUGUAUUAAGAGGGCAGAUGCCUCGGUAUCUUGGGAAUGUUUAUUACAGCCCCAUUAGUCUCUUCUGGGUGUCUGAUUCCCAGUAAUCCAACAUUCUCACUUGUAACUAAGGUAGGAUAAGAAGGGCAGUGACUACUUCAACUCUGCAGUUUAAUUUUAAAAAUCAAGAAGAAUGGAUUAAAGUUGAUUCUAUGCAAUUGAUGAAGCAAAGAAUUGGAGUGGGUGUCCAGUAAAUAGCUGCUACCUGAAAGGCACCAUGAGCCAGGACACCGAAGUAGACAUGAAAGAUGUGGAGCUGAACGAGCUAGAACCGGAGAAGCAGCCUAUGAAUGCAGCGGCCGGGGCGGCGGCCGGGGAGAAGAACGGUCUAGUGAAGAUCAAGGUGGCCGAGGACGAGGCGGAGGCCGGGGUCAAGUUCACCGGCUUAUCCAAGGAAGAGCUACUAAAGGUGGCGGGCAGCCCGGGCUGGGUGCGUACCCGCUGGGCGCUGCUGCUGCUCUUCUGGCUCGGUUGGCUGGGCAUGCUGGCGGGCGCCGUGGUUAUCAUCGUUCGGGCGCCGCGCUGCCGGGAGCUGCCGGUACAGAGGUGGUGGCACAAGGGCGCCCUCUACCGCAUUGGCGACCUUCAGGCCUUCGUGGGCCAGGAAGCGGGAGGCAUAGCUGGUCUGAAGAACCAUCUGGAGUACUUGAGCACCCUGAAGGUGAAGGGCCUUGUGUUAGGCCCAAUUCACAAGAACCAGAAGGAUGAAGUCAAUGAAACCGACUUGAAACAGAUUGAUCCCACUUUAGGCUCCCAGGAAGAUUUUAAAGACCUUCUACAAAGUGCCAAGAAAAAGAGCAUUCACAUCAUUUUGGACCUCACUCCCAACUACCAGGGCCAGAAUGCAUGGUUCCUCCCUGCUGAGGCUGACAUUGUAGCAACCAAAGUGAAGGAAGCUCUGAGUUCUUGGUUGCAGGACGGUGUGGAUGGGUUCCAAGUUCGGGAUGUGGGAAAGCUGACGAAUGCAUCCUUGUACUUGGCUGAGUGGCAGAAUAUUACCAAGAACUUCAGUGAGGACAGGCUUUUGAUUGCAGGGACUGAGUCCUCUGACCUGCAGCAGAUUGUCAACAUACUUGAAUCCACCCGCGACCUGCUGUUGACUAGCUCAUACCUGUCAGGCCCCACUUCCACUGGGGAGCAUACUGAAUCCCUAGUCACUAGGUAUUUGAAUGCCACUGGCGAUCACUGGUGCAGCUGGAGUGUGUCACAGGCAGGACUCCUGACAGACUCCAUACCAGCUCGGCUCCUCCGACUAUACCAGCUGCUGCUGUUCACUCUGCCGGGGACUCCUGUUUUCAGCUAUGGGGAUGAACUCGGCCUUCAGGCAGCCGCCCUUCCUGGACAGCCUGUGAAGGCCCCAUUCAUGCCGUGGAAUGAGUCCACCGUUUCUCAUACUGCAAGACCUGUAAGCCCCAACAUGACAGUGAAGGGCCAGAAUGAAGACCCUGGCUCCCUCCUUACCCAGUUCCGGCGGCUGAGUGACCUUCGGGGUAAGGAGCGCUCUCUGCUGCACGGCGACUUCCAUGCACUGUCUUCUUCACCUGGUCUCUUCUCCUACAUCCGCCACUGGGACCAGAAUGAGCGUUACCUGGUGCUGCUCAACUUCGAGGAUGUGGGUCUGUCAGCCAGGCUAGGGGCCUCCAACCUCCCUGCUGGCAUAAGCCUGCCAGCCAGCGCUAACCUUGUGCUUAGUACCGACAGUGCUCGGCAAAGCCGUGAGGAGGGCACCUCCCUGGAGCUGGAGAACCUGAGCCUGAAUCCUCAUGAGGGCUUGCUGUUACAGUUCCCCUUUGUGGCCUGACCCUACCUGUGCAGACCCUACCACCUUCCUUGCUCUCCCCAGGCCUUUUGGAUUCUGGUCUUUCUCUCCUUGUUUUUGUUUUUCAACUUUUGCAGAUUACAUAUGAAUUCUUACACUGGGUGUUUUUGUCUUCAAAUAAAAAAUCACCCCUGCAUCAUGA